CGCUGCAGUCAAUUAAUCUCCCACCACUAGUAUAUAUGUAUUUUUAUAUAUUUAAGCGGCUUAAUCAUUUGUUUUUGAUGAUAGCAAUUUAUUAUGAUGAUUGAAUAAAUGUUAAACUGCUGGUGUAUUGAUACGGCGUUUUUUUUAUUGGCAAAUAUUGGAAAAAUAUUUACACGAUAGCCAAAUAAAGUUAUAUAGUAAAAAAUGUCGUAUUUUGAAAAUAAUAUUUGGAAUAAAAAUGAGUAUCAUACUCUUGGUCGGAAAGAAAAUGAGCAAGCUGCAAAAUCAAUUAUCGGAUCAAUUGUCGUCGGCAUAUUUUUAAUCCUCUUUGUAAUAUCACUAUGGAAUGUCGGCCGCAGUCACCAUUUAUCAAAAAAUUUCGUAGCAAUUAUCGAUACAGACUCGAAAUUAUUACAAAAAACAUCUGAGCGUUACUUAUCAUUCGGCUUGGAUUCGUCAAACCUUCGAGAUAUGACUAUUUUUCCGGUCAAAAAAGAUAAGUUUGUAAAUUUAGCUCGCUAUUUGAGUCCUGCGUUCGUGAGAGUGGGUGGAACAUCCGCAGAUUGUCUCUUUUUCGACGAAAAUGUGCCCUCUGAAAAAGCGACGAGUCCUGUUGACGGUCAGGACAUAAGUAACUUCACUCUGGCUGCUGACGAUUACCUCACUGUGUAUCAGUUCACUAAAAAAGCACAGCUGAGGAUGAUGUUUGACCUCAACGCUCUGAUCAGAAAUCCUGAUGGAAGUUGGAACGACUCAAAUGCUCGGGAUAUUAUCAAUUUUUCCAAGGGACACUCCAUGGAAGUGGAUUGGCAACUUGGCAAUGAACCAAAUUCUUUCCGACACGUAUUCAAUGUAUCAAUAUCAGCAAAACAAUUAGCCGCUGAUUACAUCCGUCUUCGAAAGCUGUUGAACCACCUUGGCUACGAAAUGAGUUUUCUCGUGGGACCAGAAGUCAAUCACAUAGGAGACGACAACAGAGCAGGUGAAAAAUACGCGACUGAAUUUCUUAAUAAUUCCAAAAGCACCGUAGAUUUUCUCACGUGGCAUCAGUACUAUCUCAAUGGCCGUGAAGCCAAAGUAUCGGACUUUGUAGAUCCAAAUGUCUUCAAUCGACUGCCGAUGCAAGUUGACCGUGUUCAAAAUGUUAUUAACCAGUCAAAUAAAAAAAUUAGAAUGUGGAUGUCAGAAACAAGCACAGCCUGGGGUGGAGGAGCUCCAAAAUUAUCCGACAGAUUCGUAGCUGGGUUUCUGUGGCUCGACAAACUGGGCUACGGUGCAGCUGCUGGCGUGGAUGUUGUAGUAAGACAAUCUUUAUUCGGCGGUAACUACGCCAUGGUUGGAGAGGACCUCAAGCCUAAUCCUGACUGGUGGGUCAGUGUAAUAUACAAGCAGUUUGUCUCCCAGCGAGUACUGAAGCUCAAGACACCCUCUGCUUCUGGUACUGUACGGUUGUAUGCACACUGCACUCUUGAAAGCGCUCUGAUUUCUCGUGUUCCUGCUGUUACUGUCUACGGGGUCAACUUGAACAAUGAUUACGUUAGACUGUCGUUACUUUUGAGCAACAACUCUCGGAAGUCGAAAUUGUUCUUGUAUAUUCUCACUGCAGACUCUCUUCAGUCCAGAGACAUAAGAUUAAACGGCGAAAUAUUAACUCUAAAUCCCGACGGAAGUUUGCCAGCUUUCAAGCCUGUAAUAAUGGACUCCCAAGUAAUAACUCUACCUCCGUACUCGAUGGCAUUUAUACUAAUGCACGGAGUCGAACAUCGUGCUUGCAUAUAAACUGAGUCUUUUUUAAAAAGACCCUGAUAAUUAUUGUGCUUAUAACUUAUAAGUUACCACAAUGUGUACUGAAUAUUUUUAUAUUUAUAUUUAUUUAUUAUUUUAUUAUCAUACACAUUUUAAAAGUUGA